GUUGAUGUGACAGCGGUCUCAGACUGGGAAAUCUUUUAUUCUCCAUCAACUGUAACUGUUUCAGACAUUUCUAUGUGAUCUGUGUGUGACCUAGUUUCCGUCUCCUGAUGAUUGUUUCAGUUGGUUCAGGUUUCUCAGUGGAUGCCGUCACUGAUUGGGGAGAACCUGUUUGAUGUUCUGAUCGGAACGGAAGAGCGCUGUUUUCACCCGUGACCAGUGCACCUCACAGUCACCCAGUUGCUCUGCUGCUUGGACUCUAAUACCAGAACUGAGGUAUAUUCUUGUUAUUUAUGAGUGAAGGAUCUAUGAGUGAAGCAGCCUCAAAUGCAAAUUUGUGUGGAGUUUAAAGACGCUCCCUUACUCCCUACAGGAUAAUUUCAGCUGGAGAUCAGAUUCUGUUCAUCAUGGAUCACACACAAUCAUCCACAGAUGAAGACUGUUCUCCAGGAUGCAGUGCUGUUCAUCAGAAGAGAUCAGAAGCAAAGCCUAGCUGUGUGUCUAUGAGGAGUGACAGGUCUAUAAUUCAUCCAAUAGACUUUGAGAGUGGAGAUACACAGACUGAUUACAGUUUAUUUCAGCAAAAGAGAGCAGAAACAGAGCCCAGCUGUUUGUCUAUGAAUCUUCCAACAGAGUUUAAGAGUGGAGAUAAAGAGACUGAUCUCAGGCAUGACAUCCUCAACAGGUUUAGAUCAAAUCUGCUGAAGACGUUUGAGCGUCUAUAUGAGGGAACAUUGAUGCAGAGAAACCCAACACUCCUAAAUGAGAUCUACACAGAGCUCUACAUCACAGAGAGUGAGAGAGGAGAGAUCAUUAAUGAGCAUGAGGUGAGACAGAUAGAGACACAAUCCAGGAGAACAGCAACAGAGGAUACAGCCAUCAAAUGCAGUGAAAUCUUUCGACCUUUACCUGGACAAGAUAAAGACAUCAGGACUGUGUUGACAAAGGGAGUCGCUGGCAUUGGAAAAACAGUCUCUGUGCAAAAGUUCAUUCUGGACUGGGCUGAAGGGAAGGAGAAUCAAGACAUACAGCUCAUAUUUCCACUUCCUUUCAGAGAAAUCAACCUGAUGAAGGACAAAACACUCAGUCUUUCAGAUCUUCUUCAUGUGUUUUUCCCUGAAACUAAAGAAAUGGAAAUAUCCAGUGAUCAAUAUAAAGUGUUGUUCAUCUUUGAUGGUUUGGACGAGUGUCGUCUGUCUCUGGAAUUUCAGAGCAUUGUAAAGUUGUGUGAUGUAAGUGAAUCAGCCUCAGUGGAUGUGCUGCUGAUGAACCUGAUUGUGGGGAAUCUGCUUCCCUCUGCUCUCAUCUGGAUCACCUCCAGACCAGCAGCAGCUGAUCUCGUCCCCUCUGAGUGCGUCCAUCGAGUGACAGAGGUACGGGGCUUCAAUGAGCCACAGAAGGAGGAAUACUUCAGGAAGAGAAUCAGUGAUCAGAGUCUGGCCAACAGGAUCAUCUCACACCUGAAGUCAUCGAGAAGCCUCUACAUCAUGUGCCACAUCCCAGUGUUCUGCUGGAUCUCUUCCGCUGUGCUAGAGAAGAUGUUGAGUCAAGCAGAGACUGGAGAGAUUCCCAAGACUCUCACUCAAAUGUACACACACUUCCUGAUCCUUCAGACCAACAUCAAACAUGAGAAGGACUAUGAGAAGAAGGUGACAGAUGAAGAGAUGAUCCUCAAGCUGGGGAAAGUGGCUUUUCUGCAGCUUGUGAAAGGAAACCUGAUCUUCUACGAGGAAGACUUGAAAGACUGUGGCAUUGAUGUCACAGAAGCAUCAGUGUACUCAGGAUUGUGCACUCAGAUCUUCAGAGAGGAGUUGGGUUUAUAUCAGGGAAAAGUCUUCUGCUUUGUUCAUCUGAGCAUUCAGGAACAUCUAGCAGCUCUGUAUGUGCACCUCUUUUGGACAAAACACAACAAAAAUAUGUUUGACCAGAGUUUGUGGUCUAAAGUGAAGGACUGGUUUCAACUCAAUUCAUCAAAACAUGUUUCAUUAUCUGAGCUACAUCAGAAAGCAGUGAAAGAGGCUCUACAGAGUAAAAAUGGACAUCUGGAUCUUUUCCUUCGGUUCCUUCUGGGUUUGUCAGUGGAGUCUCAUCAGAUUCUUCUACAACAAAUUAUGAAAAAGACAAGAAGCAGAUCUAAAAGCAAUAAGAAAACAGUUGAGUACAUCAAGGAGAUCAUCAGAACCAUUGACUCUCCAGAGAAAUCCAUCAAUCUGUUCCACUGCCUGAACGAACUGGGUGAUCAUUCACUAGUGGAGGAAAUACAACAGUAUCUGAAAUCUGGAAGAAUAAAGAAAUUCAAACUCUCUUCUUCUCAGUGGUCCGCUUUAGUUUUUCUGUUGUUGACCUCAGAAGAAGAACUGAAUGAGUUUCGUCUUGAUAAAUUCUUUAAAGAAGUGGAAAACCCUGAAAAUGUGGUUCUUUGGAAGCUGCUGCCUGUGAUUAAAGAGUCCAGAUCAGUUCAGUUGAGAUAUUGUGGGAUCACAGAAGAAGAUUGUGAUGCUCUGUCUUCAGCUCUGCGUUCAAAUGCCUCACACCUAAAAGAACUGGAUCUGACUGGGAAUAAAAUAGGAGAUUUUGGAGUCAUACGGCUGUGUGCUGGACUGGAGGAUCCUCACUGUAACCUGGAGAAACUGCGGUUGUAUGAUUGUGGCGUCACAGAAGAAGGUUGUGCUGCUCUGGCUUUAGCUCUAAGAUCAAACCCCUCACACCUGAGACACCUGAGUCUGUCUGGGAAUAAACUAGGAAAUUCACUUUAUCUGCUCUCUGAAGUACUACAAAAUCCCGACUGUAAACUGGAAAUACUGUGGUUGAGGGAUUGUGGCGUCACAGAUGAAGGUUGUGCUGCUCUAGCAACAGCUCUGGGAUCAAACCCCUCACACCUGAGACAACUCAAUCUGUCUGAGAAUGAAAUAGGAGAUUUAGGUGUGAAACUUCUCUGUGCUGGACUGGAGGAUCCUCACUGUAAACUGGAGAAACUGAGGUUGCAUGACUGUGGCGUCACAGAUGAAGGUUGUUCUGCUCUGACUUCAGCUCUGAGAUCAAACCCCUCACAUCUGGAAGAACUGAGUCUGUCUGGGAAUAAACUAGGAGAAUCAGUGAAGUUACUCUCUGAUCUGGAGAAUGAUCCACAUUAUAAACUGAAGAGAUUAUACUAUUGACUCUCAGUAUCCAGACAUCGGUCCAUAGUUUCCUCGGGAUCAGCUGAUGGUAAAUAAGAGACAAACAAGCGACAGAGACUGAAGACAGAGACACACAGCAUCACACCGUCAAGUGUACUAACGUUUUUGAAUCCAUUCGGCCGAUGUCCGGGUCUGGGGAUAGCAAUUUUAGCACAGCUCAGCAUAGAUCAUUGAAUACGAUUAGACCAGAAGCAACUUGUUUAAAAAUGACAGAAGAGAUAUUUUUACUACUUAAACUCUUCAGUAGUUACAUCAUGUACUAAGACAGACAGAAAAUUAAAAGUUGCAGUUUUCGAAGCUGAUAUAAAUAGGAACUGUACUCACAUUCCGGCGUAAUAAUCAAGGAACUUUGCUUUUGAAAGAUGUUCAAAACAAUCAAAAAAAAAAAUUACAACAUUUAUCAAAUAUUUCCAAAUCAUCCUCCAUUGGAUCUUACUGAGAUGAGGACCAGUCCCCAUUUGUGAUUUUAAAAGGGACGUAACAAAAACAAUUUCACAAAGGAAAAAAAGAAGUAGAGUACAAUCAUUUAACUAUUAACAAAUCUAACUACAACAAAAUUUCAGGAAUCAGUGAUGUAAAGUUAAAUUAGUAAUAUAGUGCAGCGGUGCUGGGUUUACAAAAGAUACCAAAGAAAAUCCAAUCCAAUAGCAGCUCUCUUAGUGGCCAUUCAUCUCGCUUCUUUUAAAACCUAAAGGUAGCCAACAACAGGCAUCCUCAGAGAAACGACCAGAGAACAGUCACUCAGGAGGAAAACCACAUGAGACACAAGUCACACAUUUACAAAACGCUUUGUAGAUGUAAUUAGAAAAAGUCAAGACACUGAAGUAAGUUGCUCUUUUUGUCUCUUUUGAGGAAGAUUCAAUCACUUGUGUUCUACCCACUCAAAUCUUGACAUUCUGGUCACUUUUAUUUACGUUCAUUUAAGAGAAUAUAGUAAAAUAUAUACAAAAAUUAGGCUGCAACAGAACAAAGAUAUAAAUAAAAUAUUGGCCUACUUGAAAACCGCUUAAUACUAAAUAUAUUGUAUAAAGAAAAUGUACAAAUAAACUAAAUAGUCUGUGUAUAAAUUCAGGAAAACAACACAUGCUUUAUCUGUUAUAUGCUUUAACUGUGGUAACAGCUUCCUUCUAAUCAUAUAUUCUCUUGAACAUAUAUAUGUUUUAUACUUCGUUUCAACUGAUUGAUCGGUUGAUUCAGUUAUUAGUUAUAGUCUGUUAUGCCCUGUUCAACAGGCUCUAAAUAAUUCUUUAUAAUCUAUAUAUUUUAAAAUCAUUGAGUAUUUUUUUUCAGGAUUCUUUGAUAAAUAGAAAGAUCCAAACAUCAGAAUUUGUUUGAAAUAAAAAGCCACUUGAAAGCUUGGAGUCAUUAUAAUUUUUUGAAGGCAAGAAAUGACAGAAAUUACUACUUUUAUUUAGCAAGGAUGCUUUAAAUAGAUCUAAAGUGGUGGUAAAGACAUAUAGAAAGUUACAAAAUAUUUCUAAUUCACAUAAAUGCUGUUCCUCUGAACUUUAUUUUCAACAGUGAAAGCUAAAAAAGGCGGCAAAAUCAGCAUUAGAAUGAUUUGUGAAGGACACGAGUAAUGAUGAUAAAAGUUUUAGCUUUGAUAACAAGAAUAAAUUGCACUGUUCAAAUACAAAACCGUAUUGUAAAAGUGUAUUUUGUGAUGUACUUUGGAUCAAAUAAAUGCAGGCUUGGUGAGCAGAAGCGACGUCUUUCAAUAAUAUAAAAAUCUACUAGCUUUGGACAGGAAGUGAGAAUAAAAUACAGUAAAUAUGA